UGGAAAUGCUCGUCAUUGUUUUUAAUUCGACUCAUGUGAUUGUCAUUACGAAAAUUAAUACAAAUUUGCGUUCAUAAUAGUGUUUAAACAAUAAUUAAAACUACGAACACAUGUGUGAAGGACAUUUCAUUAUCGCGGAAGUUGCAGUUGAGGAAAAUAUGAAAAUACAAUAUGGAAAAACAUUUGAGAGAGUCCAUGCACAUUCGCUAUGUAUCUUAUAAAACUCUUGAAAUAAGAACGGUGGAAAAACAUUGUGCUGUAACAUUGGAUGCAAGGAUGACCAAUACGAAUUUCCACUAGAUCUGCUUCUUCAUAGCGUGUACAACCGGCUUUUACCGAAGUCAGCUUCGCAAGUUUAGAGACACACAAGAGACAAUGGACCGUGACCCUGAAGGCCAGCAGGUGAUGUCCCUGAGACUGUCCAGAGUUCUGAGGGACAUUGGCGUAACGAGACAGAAUGUGACUAGGAGGAGGAGGACAUACUUGAUACAGGAGAAGAUGACGAAUGAUAUCUACUACAAUGAUAGUCGGAAAAAAUACUUUGUCUUCGGUAGCCAAUCAGAAGGGACAACAACUCUAGGCAUGGAAUCAGAUACAGAUGUUCUAAUAUGUUUUAACGGUUUCAGUGUGAUAAAAGACUGGGCAGACUGGGAGCCAGGGAAGAAGUGUCUUCUGCUGAUAAAGAACGAUCGUUCUCCGCCCCAGCACUGCUGUUUACAGAUUUUGAAAAACACUUGGAUUGAUAGUGGGAUGGAGCAGGGCUUUGGUCGGUUAUUUAGGAAACAAGGGCCAUCAAGAAGUGCUCAAAAAGAUGUAGACAUCAUCUACGCGUUUAGAUACAAUGGACCGCUGUUUGAAUGCAAUUUCCUAUUCACAAGACCAAAGCCCGGUCACUGGCCAAGACAUGAAACACUCGCAAAGGCACGUCAGUGUGAAACAUUCCUCGUCCCACAAGGUCACGCCGAGAGUGAUCAGUCAAAACUGGAAUGGAGAUUCUCUACGUCACUGAUUGAAAGACUGCUCAUGUUUGAUCUCAAUAUUUUGAAAAUACAGGUUUACACAUUUCUAAAAAUUUUACGAAAGUCUUUUUUCAAACCGUUAGUUGGUGAUAGACUUAGCACGUUUCAUUUUAAAACCGCUUUAUUGUUCACCCUUGAGACAUAUCCUCCAGAAAUCUGGCAGGAACGUAACCUGCUGCAGUGCGUUAUAUUCUGCCUGAAAACUCUUCAACGAUGGUUCAACCUUCGACACUGUCCACAUUACACGAUCUCGGGAGUGGACCUGUUCGUGGGAAAACUGAGAAAAUGGGAGUUUCCUCUCUUGUCAGCCGUUCUGUCUGACAUGAUAGACAACAUCAUGGACUAUGUCACCCAGAUAGAAAUGGACCAGAUAGGGGAGAGGAUCGUUGACAGAUCCAAAGCAGUCAGUACAAUAUAUCAGAACACAUUGGCUACAGUGAAAGAAUGCUUUGAUGCAAAUAUGACGGAAAUAAUCAGUGUUUAUUUCUUCUCGACGAUUAAAAGAAAUAACAUUUCCAAAACAAAGAACAUUAUCAUAAAAAUUCAGGAGAUUCUAAAUGAAUCGGAUAUACGGGCAGAAUUACAGCAUGCAGUUAAGUGGAUGUAUCAAUACAUUGCCACCAUGGCGGCAUCUGCGUGUCUUCACUGGAACCAGCCAAUACCGCCAGACAUUUACCGCCUGUAUGAGGCCUCCCUAGACUCUGACCUCACCUCUAGCAGAUUAAAGUUGGCAUCCAUGUUGUACUGCAGUGGUCAGUAUGAGAGGGCAGAAUUGGUGUUGGCCUACACCGAGAGUCUGCUGCAUGCCGAUGUAUGGCAGUGGACUCCGUGUGUGGGAAGGCCGGUUCUUAAAUCUACUGAGAGGUUUCUACAAAAGGUUUAUCAGAUUCCUGUUUUGGAAGUGAUCAAACGGCAUGUUGCAUGCAGCGUUGUUUUUAAUUCAUUAGAAAUAUGUUGUGUACCUGGGUUCCUAGUAUACGAGAUGCAUAGAACGAUUCGCCCUGAAGAUUUUCACCACAGACGUAAAUCAUUCGAUGAUUGGAUGGACCUUGUAGUGAUUGACUCCAAACCUUUUAUGUUCUACCUGCAGUACCUCACAUUCAGACAACUGGGAGAAGAAGAGAGAAGACUGGAAGCACUUCACAAGUUAUACAACUAUGUUUGUUUUGAGAGUAAAACGAGUGGUCAUAUAGAGACAGCCCUGCAUGUACUUGGACACUGCUUUGAACUAGAGAACCAUUAUGAUUGUGCAUGGGCAUGCUACGACAAAUCCCUCGAGUUUUUCCCUUACAACAACGCAGCCAGGUGGCAUAUCAUGAGACUCCUUCAAAAGGCACGGGGAAUACCAGAAGAUUAAAAACACCCAGCGUAUCACCCUAACUUGGAAGAUCCGAUUAUCAUAAUAACAUUUUGAGUGUUUGUAAUCUCUAUUGCGUUUUGACAAGUUUCUAAAAAAAUCGUAUGACAAUGCGAGAAGUGUUUGAAGUACACCGUAUGACAUUGCGGGAAGUGUCUGAAGUAAUGCAUGCUACAUGAGUUCACGUGGUGACAUAGUAACAAGAAAACAAACUUCAUGGUGUUUCAUCAAUAACUAUUUAUGUUUUGGACUGGUCAUUUAUGAUUAAAAUACGUAAUCAGUGAUACAUUUCAAACUGUUUUGUAAUUAUUCGAAAAUAAUUGACUUGCUUCUAACAUUUAAUAUACAAACAGGUGAUUUGUACUCAAGAAUUUACAUACAACAGAUACAUGUCUGACUCUGAAUUUAGAGAAAGUCUCCGUAUUUGUUUGCAUUGCUUUUUAUAUAGAGUUUCUAUGUUCAGAACAAUAAAACAUCCGAGUGAAACAAACUGCAUUCAGAACGACUAAUAUUCAGUUAAUGAACCACAUACUCAAUACAAUUAAGAUAACAACGUUUUAUUCUGUCUCUGACUAUAAAAAAUGCAUAUUGGUUUAAACAUAUUUUAUCACAUGCUACACCUUGUUUCCGGUUUAAUAUAACCAUCACGUAUUUUUUUUAUAUUACACAUGUGUAAUAUAACAUUGCUCUUCAUCUAUUGGUCAGAAAAUAUAUCGCUCCGCAUUUAUAUAAAAAGUUAAUUGGCAAAAAGGAACUGCUAAUUGGUAAUAUUCAUGUAUACCAAACCUUCAAAUCUUAUUUUAUUUCUAUAAUAAAUAUUUGUUUGGUUAGAGUAGUUGAAUUUCUUUCUAAAUAUUAAGAGGGUAACAAAGUAUGUCGUCUUGAUAUCUUGAAAAAGCAAAUUUAAAAGCGUCCAAAAUUUAGUUUAUUUUAACCGAAAAUGAACAUAAACAUUAUGACGUCACAUCUACUAGAUGACGUCAUGAUGUUUAUGUUCACUUCCGGUAUAACAGAAAGAAAGAUUUCUUUAACAUUAAAGUGUUUAGAUUGUGAUUUUUACUGGAUAUCAUCUGAGAAUGCAUUCUUCAAUAAACGGAAUUAAAACGAUCGGGUAUAUAUGCUGUUUUAAAUAAAUCCUGGUACUACAUUCCUGUAAUGCAUGUAGCGCGGGAAAUGACAACACUUGGUGAUAUUCGGCUCAUCAGCCUCGCAGGUGAAACAGGUAAAUUGUUUUGCCAUUUUAUACCGAAAAAGCAUGUGAUAAAAAGAAUCUGACACUCGUUGUCAUUUAAUACCAAUUUUUAUUAAACUCGUCCAGGAAAACUGUUAGUAAGCUCGCCAAAGGCUCGCUAACUAACAGUUUUCCUGAACUCGUUUAAUAAAAAUUGGUAUUAAAUGACAACUCAUGUCAGAUCCUCUAUGUAUUCAAUAUAUGUAUCAAUAUCAGCUUGCAACAGUGUUUGAGAUCCGAUUAUGUAAAUGAUGUAUUGUAACAUAAUAAAAACAAUAAACAAAGCUUUUUAUCUCCCUCUUCGAGAUUAAUCUGCAUUCAAAGAUUAAUUAAAAAUUGGUUCCUGUUUUACGUACGUUUGUGCAGUAUGAACACUCGAGCGCCAUCGUGUGUGCUUAAAUAAAGGAUAUUUGUUUACAGAUUUAAAAUGAA